GGUCCAAAGCAGUCGUACGUAAACCAUCCCUUAGCCAAGUUCCGUUCUUUGUCGCUUCACAUUUCAAAUUAUCACCCUAAUUAUACUUUCCAAUGCUCCAACCUCCUAGUGGGUUAACACUCCUUUGGUGUUUAUGUGGGGCGAGGCGAAUGUUCAUCACUCUCGUGGCGAAAGGUUGGCGAAUGGGGUCUAUCCCCAGGUGUCCACUUCCUCUCUUUCUUGCCCCUUUUCUGGUUGUUCUUCGGUCCCCCCAUCGAAGAUGCGUUUUUGGAGAAUUGCUGUUUCCUUUUUCUUCUCUCUCUCUUAUUCGAAAUGGAUGCUAAUACAAUAAGAAUUCACUUCUAUUAAUCUUACACGACGGUUAAGGGCUCCGUUACAGUCUAAAACCCCGUCCGACAUCAGUUCCCGAAACACUUCCAAUCACAAAGGGUCGAAUAGUCGGACAAAUCACUAGUUGUAGAAUUCAUACUGCAACUUGGAGAGUGUUGAUCAAAAUUAACACCAACUCGGCUGCAUUACGCAAGCAGUCAGGGGCCAAGCAUUCAGUUACCCGCGUUCAGCGGCCACUUGUCCAUAGCGCUGCGGCGGAGGUCCCUUACCAGUGGGGAUUUGCGGCGAUCUGAUGGUUGAGAAUUGACGCCAUCGCUUUGGUUCAAAUUAAAAUCUAAGCUGGAUUAUCUGGUCACCUUCCCGAAUAGGACUAUCAGGGCUUCACGGCGACCCACGAAGGGUCCUGAUUUGUUCUGUCUGUAUGGAGUACCGUAACAUCCUCCUCUCUGUGCCUACGGAGUACCUG